GCGGCUUCUGGGCAUUUCAGCUGCUUCUCGAGCCGCUACCCUUGCGGGCAUGCUUUCAGUGAGCACUGGGUCGAUGCUGGCAUCAUUGGCAGCGGAUGAAGCUCCGGCGACCCUGAGCGUAGCGCUAGGAUGGGUACCGGAAAAGGACCGAAGGAGAAAAGGAGGUGUAAUCGACAAGCGCGGGACCAUUUCAAGCUCGACAUUUUCCCUCUUGGGAUACGACGCUGGAAAGAAGAAGGAACGGUUGCUUGGGGCUGCGCGCACAGCCUUGGUGGGCAUGCUGCUAUUCAAGGGUCUUGGAGGGCGGUUCAGCGGCGUCGCACCGAGUAACGUGGCACAACCGGGCGCCUUCUUUAACGUCCGUGGCACCCUCCCUGCAGGACUGGAGUACGCGAGUCCCAAACAGAAACGGCGGUUGGAUAUGUUUGGGUGGGUGUACGGCUGCCAUACGUGCGGCAGGCGUCAAAUGGGAGACUACGUGGGGGACCACAUGCCGCCAAGGAAGGUGGCAGUGGAGAUGAGCCGUCGCUGGUGGCGGCGGCUCUUGGGCAUUCGGUGAAGUCAAGCAGCGCUUCACGCCCCAGUGUCGCCCAUGCUCCAGCAUUCAGAGCGCAGCAGUACGCAGCGAUCGACGCAUUCUGGUGUAUCACUAUCUCUCCCUCCGGCGGUACCACGCGACAGGCGCGGUUUUAGAAGUGGUCUCCCUUCUGCCCGGCCAUGGC